UAUCAAUGACAUAAAGAACGAAAACCUUAAAUUGGAGUCAGACGCUCUGUGUUUCUAUCCCGAUGAAAAGGCUCCUGGAUUACACUUGACGCCCAGUAGUCUGUGCUCCCUGCAACAUCAUCUGAAGUCUGAAUCUUUGGAAUCUGACAUGAAGAAGACUGCAAAUGCGUUAAGGGAUAUCCACGAUGAAGAAGAUCUUAUAAAGAGUGGCAGCUGCUUAUCCUCAUUGGAUCAGACGUCUCUACAGUGCAGACCACAACAGACACCACAUGAUAAAAAUGUGAAGAAAUCAACAUGUGGAUCAGAGAGUUUGAUAUCAACCUGUUUGCAGAAUAGCUGCCUGCCUGGUGAAAGAAUUGACACUCAAUUACAGGGACUCCGUAAAAAUUCUUCAACUUCAUUUGUCUGUGAAGAGCAGAUGGAACAAUUUAAAAGUGAAUCAAAAUGCAAAAGGAGCCAAAAUAAACGGAAACUGUAUAGCUGUUCUGAAUGUGGAAAACAAUUCUCACAAAUGAGUAGUUUACAGAAACACACGCAAAUUCACACUGGAGAGAGGCCAUAUUCUUGUCCAGAAUGUGACAAGCGAUUCUCCACCAAUUGGCAUCUUCAGAUCCACACAAGAGUUCACACUGGAGAGAAGCCAUACUGUUGUUCUUUCUGUAGAAAACAAUUUUCUAAUAGAAGCCAUCUUCGAAGACAUAUAAGAAUCCACACUGGAGAAAAGCCAUAUUGCUGUUCAGACUGUGGCAAACAAUUUUCUGAUAGGGGCCAUCUUCGGACCCAUAUAAAUGUUCACAAUGGAGAGAAACAGUAUUGCUGUUCUGAAUGUGACAAACGAUUCUUCCACAGCAGCAGUCUUCAGACCCACAUGCGAAUUCAUAUUGGAGAGAAGCCAUAUCAGUGUUCUGAAUGUGGAAAAGGAUUCUACACCAGUGAGCUUCUUCGGUCCCACACAAGAAUUCACACCGGAGAGAAGCCAUAUUGUUGUUCUGAAUGUGGGAAACAGUUCUCCGAUAGAAGUAGUCUUCGGAGACAUGAACAGAUUCACACUAGAAGCAAAGCGUAUUGUUGUUCUGAAUGUGGCAAGACAUACUUGCACAUGAGCAGUCUUCGGAAGCAUUCAAGAAUUCACACUGGAGAGAAGCCAUAUUUCUGUUCUGAAUGUGGCAAACAGUUUUCUGACAGUGCGUAUUUUCAGAGACACACAAGAAGUCAUAGUCAAGAGAAGCCAUAUGUCUGUUCUGAGUGUGGUAAGCGAUUCUCGCACAAGAGCAUUCUCCAGGGCCAUAUAAGAAUUCACACAGGUGAGAAGCCGUUUCGUUGUUCUGAAUGUGGCAAAGGAUUCUCCAUCAAUGGGCAUCUUGAGGUCCACUUAAGGAUUCAUACUGGCGAGAAGCCUUAUUGUUGUUCUGAAUGUGGGAAACGAUUUUCUGAUAAAAGCAGCCUUCGGAGACAUAUGAAAAUUCACACCGGAAAGAAGUCUCAUUGCUGUUCUGAGUGUGGCAAAGGAUUCUUGCACAAGAGCCAUCUUCAGAGCCACACAAGAAUUCAUACUAGAGAAAAGCCGUAUUCUUGUUCUGAAUGUGGCAAACAAUUCUCAACAAGCAGCAGUCUGCAGAAACACACAAGAAUUCACAUUGGGCAGAAACCAUAUCACUGUUCUGAAAUGCAACAAGCAAUUGUCUGAUAGGUGCAGUCUUCAGAUACGUACAAGCGUGUAUAUUGUAAUGAAUGCCGAAAACAAUAUUUCAACAACUGCAAUUUACAAGUACACUCAAGAAUUCACAGUGGAGAGAGGCCUUAUUACUGUUCAGAAUGUGACAAGGGAUUCUCUGAUAAAAGUUGUCUUCGAAACCAUUCAGCAAUUCAUACUUGGAAGGAGGAAAAUAAAUGAGCAGGGAGCACAAGUUCUUCCUUUUAAGAUUUAAUUGCAACUAAUAGUUUUACACAUGAGGACAUGAAGCUGACAAUGGUAAACAACAACAUGCAGUUUAUAUCUACGGGAUAUAAGUAGACAGAUUGAGAAAAAUGUAUAAAAAUUAUAUGAAUACACGAUGGUUUUCAGAAAGUA